GGAGGGUGGCGCUCGUGACGUCACCAAGCGACCGCGAGUCAUACCCAUAAGCCCCCGCGGUGACCCGGAAGCGGUUGUUCGCCCGUCUGUCCGCGGCUCUGGUGUCAAACGCAAGAUCAUGGCUCUUCAUCGGCUCAGGUGUGUGUCGUCUCUGCUCCGUUCGGUCGUGAGCGUGGCUCUACGCAGGAACAUCGGUCUCUCCGCCGUCGUCUUCAACAAAGCUAAAGACCUGGACCCCGUGCAGAAGAUGUUCCUGGACAAGAUCCGCGAGUACAACAGCAAGAGCAGGGCGGCUGGAGGAGUGGUGGACGCUGGGCCGUCGUAUCAGAAGAACCUGAGUGAGGAGUUGACCAAACUCCAGCGCUUGUACGGAGGAGGAGACCUCACCAACUUCCCUCAGUUCAAGUUCCCAGAACCCAAACUAGAGGAGGUGACGACCAAAUGAACAGCGUCCGUCCGUAACCCUGCUGGAAAGAUGAGCUCCAUAUUUAAUAAACAGUGUUUUCUGUGUGAACCUGUGGCUCAUGCCUUCACUUCCAGCCUGAGCUUCUUCAGAUAAGAAUAUUCAUGAACGUUUGUUUAUUGUUCUGCUUUUCUGAUUCUGGUCGUUAUUACAGUAAUAAAGAUCUGAUCACCGCUAAAUUAGA